AUGGAGGAGAAACAGCAGAUUAUAUUGGCUAAUCAAGAUGGCGGGACAGUACCAGGAGCAGCACCUACCUUCUUUGUCAUCCUGAAACAGCCAGGAAAUGGCAAAACUGAUCAAGGAAUUUUGGUUACUAAUCGGGAUGCCUGUGCUUUGGCUAGCAGUGUGUCAUCACCAGAAAAAUCUAAAGGAAAGAUUUGCCUUCCAGCUGAUUGUACUGUAGGAGGAAUCACUGUCACCUUGGAUAACAAUAGUAUGUGGAACGAAUUCUAUCAUCGAAGCACAGAGAUGAUUCUGACGAAGCAGGGAAGACGCAUGUUUCCUUACUGUCGUUACUGGAUAACAGGUUUAGAUUCAAAUAUGAAAUACAUCCUUGUCAUGGAUAUAUCCCCUGUGGAUAAUCACCGUUACAAGUGGAACGGCCGCUGGUGGGAGCCCAGCGGGAAGGCUGAGCCGCAUGUAGUGGGGAGGGUUUUUAUCCAUCCGGAGUCUCCUUCCACAGGCCACUAUUGGAUGCAUCAGCCAGUGUCUUUCUACAAACUCAAACUUACAAACAAUACGCUGGACCAAGAAGGCCAUAUUAUCUUGCACUCUAUGCAUCGCUACUUGCCACGGCUUCACUUGGUGCCUGCAGAAAAGGCUACUGAAGUGAUACAAUUAAAUGGCCCUGGUGUCCACACUUUUACCUUCCCACAGACUGAAUUCUUUGCAGUAACAGCUUAUCAAAACAUUCAAAUUACCCAGUUGAAAAUAGAUUACAAUCCAUUUGCUAAAGGCUUCCGGGAUGAUGGCCUGAAUAGUAAGCCCCAGAGAGAUGGAAAACAAAAGAACAGCUCUGACCAAGAAGGGAACAGUGUUCCCAGUUCUCCUGGUCAACGGGUCCGUCUUACAGAAGGUGAGGGGUCAGAGAUGCAGCUAACAGAUUUGGAUCCUUUAUCAAGGGGUCAGGAAACAUCAGGCAAGGGUUUGGAGAAGCCUUCCCUUAAUAUAAAGCGAGAUAUUCUUGGUUUCAUGGAUAUUGAUUCAGCACUUGGUGAAGUCCCUCAGUUGAAGCAAGAGGUUUCUGAAAGCCUUGGCAACAGUUUUGAAGAUGGUUCCCAUGUAACAUCACCAUUAAACCCAAAUGAAAACUUCAAUGUUGUCAUUAAAGAAGAGCCUCUGGAUGAUUAUGAAUAUGAACUUGGUGAGUGCCCAGAAGGGGUCACUGUGAAACAGGAAGAGACAGAUGAGGAAACAGAUGUAUACUCAAACAGUGAUGAUGAUCCUAUACUAGAGAAACAGCUGAAGAGGCACAAUAAAGCUGAUAACCUAGAAGCUGACCAUCCAUCUUCUAAAUGGCAACCAAAUAGCCCAUCAGGUGUUGCUAAAGCUAAAAUGUUCAAAUUAGAUGCUGGAAAGAUGCCAGUAGUCUAUCUGGAGCCCUGUGCUGUCACCAAAAGCACAGUGAAGGUUUCUGAGCUCCCUGACAACAUGCUUUCCACAUCUCGGAAGGAUAGAUCUUCUCUGUUGACAGAAUUAGACUGUUUGCCUGCGUACAUUGAAAAUUCUAAUGAGACUGGCUUCGGCUUAGGCAGAGAAUCAGAAAAUGAUCUUGGAAGCCAUUCACCAGAUACCACAUUGGUACAGAAAUAUCCCUCACUUAAAGAAGCUCAGUGGAAAUACCCUGAUAUAUCUGACAGCGUUAACACAGAAAAACUACUUGAUAGUUUAAAGAGUUCAGUUGGGGACUCGUUUUUAGGAAAAGAGGACUUGGGCAGAAAGAAAACUAUGCUUAAGAUUUCAGUGGCUCCCAGGACUGUGAAUGCUAAUCAGAAUGCUCCUCCAAAUGUCCCUGGAAAAAGAGGAAGGCCACGAAAACUGAAACUGUCUAAGGCGGGGCGGCCACCUAAAAACACAGGAAGAUCUUUAACUUCUACAAAGAACACUCUUACGGGCCCUGGGAGUACCUUUCCAGAUGUGAAACCUGAUCUGGAAGAUGUAGAUGGUGUUCUCUUUGUUUCCUUUGAAUCAAAGGAAGCUCUAGAUAUUCAUGCAGUUGAUGGAACAAAUGAAGAAUCUUGUAGUCUUCAGGCAUCAGCUGCAAAUGACCCAGGUUGCAGAGCAAGAAUUUCCCAAUUGGAAAAGGAAUUGAUAGAAGAUUUGAAGGCCUUGCGGCACAAGCAGGUCAUACAUCCUGGUCUUCAAGAAGUGGGCUUAAAAUUGAAUUCAGUGGAUCCAGCAAUGAGCAUUGAUCUUAAGUACUUGGGAGUACAGCUACCUUUGGCUCCAGCCACUAGCUUUCCAUUCUGGAACCUUACCGGAGCCAACCCUGCCUCUCCUGAUGCUGGAUUUCCCUUUGUUUCUAGGACAGGGAAGACCAAUGAUUUCACUAAGAUCAAGGGGUGGAGGGGAAAGUUUCAUAGUGCUUCUGCAUCUAGGAAUGAAGGUGGAAAUUCUGAAGGUCCAUUGAAAAACCGUUCUGCUUUCUGCAGUGAUAAGUUGGAUGAAUACUUGGAAAAUGAAGGCAAGCUGAUGGAAACAAGCAUGGGUUUCUCUUCUAAUGCUCCCACGUCGCCUGUGGUUUACCAGCUUCCCACCAAGAGUACCAGCUAUGUUCGAACACUUGAUAGUGUGCUGAAGAAGCAGUCUACCAUUUCCCCUUCUACCUCUUACUCUUUGAAACCUCAUUCUGUACCCUCUGUCUCUAGAAAGACAAAGUCUCAGAACAAACAGACAACUUUCAGUGGCCGAACUAAAUCAUCUUAUAAAUCCAUUUUACCAUACCCUGUUUCACCAAAGCAGAAACACACUCAUAUGAUUCCAGGAGAUAAAAUUACCAAGAAUUCUUCAAGCACCACCUCAGAAAACCGGGUGAAUAAUUUGAUUGUGCCAACUUUAGAUGAAAAUACAUUUCCAAAGCAAAUUAGUUUGCGGCAGGCACACCAGCAGCAGCAGCAGCAGCAGCAGCAACAGGGAUCUCGCCCCCCAGGCUUGUCUAAAUCUCAAGUGAAGUUAAUGGAUCUGGAAGACUGUGCACUUUGGGAAGGAAAACCAAGGACCUAUAUCACUGAAGAGCGAGCAGAUGUGUCCUUAACAACUCUGCUUACGGCUCAAGCAUCUCUCAAAACUAAACCCAUCCACACUAUCAUAAGGAAACGAGCCCCUCCAUGCAACAAUGACUUCUGUCGAUUGGGGUGUGUAUGUUCAAGUCUAGCUUUGGAGAAGCGCCAGCCUGCUCACUGCCGCCGACCAGACUGCAUGUUUGGCUGCACCUGUUUGAAAAGAAAAGUUGUACUUGUUAAAGGGGGAUCCAAAACUAAGCAUUUCCAGAGGAAGAGUGCUCAUCGUGAUCCAGUAUUUUAUGAUAAUUUGGGUGAGGAGCACAAAGAAGGAGGAGAAGAGGGAGUCAAAGAGGAGGAAGAACAAUUGAAAGAGAAAAAGAAGAGAAAGAAGCUAGAGUACACUAUCUGUGAAACAGAACCGGAGCAGCCUGUCCGACAUUACCCACUCUGGGUGAAAGUAGAAGGUGAAGUAGACCCAGAGCCAGUAUACAUCCCAACGCCUUCUGUCAUUGAGCCUAUGAGACCGUUGUUGUUGCCUCAGCCAGAAGUUUCCUCUACUACUGUGAAGGGCAAACUGCUCACUGGAAUUAAACCUGCGAGGGCAUAUACUCCCAAACCCAAUCCUGUGAUUCGGGAAGAAGACAAGGAUCCAGUCUACUUGUACUUUGAAAGUAUGAUGACUUGUGCCCGAGUUCGAGUGUAUGAACGAAAAAAAGAGGAAGAGAGAGAACCAUCACCAUCACCAUCCCCAUCAUUUCAGCAGCAGGGCUCAUGUCAUUCUAGUCCUGAGAACUGUAGUGUAAAGGAGCCAGCUUCUGAACAGCAGCCUUUGAAACCACUCACUUGUGACCUGGAGGAUGAUUCUGAUAAAUCACAAGAAAAGAGCUGGAAGUCUUCCUGCAAUGAAGGGGAAUCAGCUUCUACCUCCUAUGUGCAUCAGAGGUCACCUGGUGGUCCCACCAAACUGAUCGAGAUCAUCUCAGACUGCAACUGGGAGGAGGAUCGGAACAAGAUUUUGAGCAUCUUAUCCCAGCACAUCAAUAGCAACAUGCCACAGUCACUUAAGGUGGGCAGCUUCAUCAUUGAGUUGGCUUCUCAGCGAAAGAGCCGGGGUGAAAAGAAUCCUCCUGUUUAUUCUUCUCGUGUGAAAAUCUCUAUGCCAUCAUGUCAAGAUCAAGAUGAUAUGGCUGAGAAAUCUGGAUCAGAGACUCCUGACGGUCCAUUAUCCCCUGGGAAAAUGGAUGAUGUCUCUCCCGUGCAGACAGAUGCCCUGGAUUCAGUGAGGGAGAGAUUACAUGGAGGCAAAGGUCUGCCCUUUUAUGCAGGGCUUUCUCCUGCAGGGAAGCUUGUGGCCUAUAAACGUAAACCCAGUUCAAGCACAUCUGGGCUUAUCCAGGUUAAUGGUAAGAGUUACCCGCAGGCUAAGUUGCUAUUGGGACAGAUGGGGGCAUUGCAUCCAGCCAAUAGGCUAGCUGCUUAUAUCACAGGCAGGUUGCGACCCUCAGUCCUGGACCUCUCAACCCUCAGUACUGUCAUCUCCAAGGUAGCAUCCAAUGCCAAGGUGGCUGCAUCCAGGAAACCACGUACCCUGUUGCCUUCAACAUCCAAUUCCAAAACGGCAUCAUCUUCUGGCACUACAACAAAUCGCCCUGGGAAGAAUCUGAAGGCGUUUGUCCCGGCGAAAAGACCAAUUGCGGCUCGACCCUCUCCUGGUGGUGUGUUCACACAGUUUGUGAUGAGUAAAGUUGGAGCCCUGCAGCAGAAGAUCCCUGGAGUUAGCACACCCCAACCCCUAACAGGGCCACAGAAGUUCAGUAUCAGACCUUCUCCAGUAAUGGUCGUCACACCUGUGGUUUCUUCUGAGCCAGUUCAGGUGUGCAGCUCUGUGACUGCUGCUGUCACUACUACCACCCCUCAAGUGUUUUUAGAAAAUGUUCCUGCUGUGAUACCUACGACUGCUCUGUCUGACGUGGGAACUAAAGAAACUACUUACUCUUCUGGUGCCACCACUGCAGGGGUUGUUGAGGUCACUGAAACUAAUACCAGCACCCUUGUAACACUUACCCAGUCUACAGCCACUUUGAACCUUAUCAAAACGACUGGGAUAACUACCCCUGUGGCUUCAGUUGCUUUUCCUAAGUCUUUGGUAGCAUCUCCUCCAACCAUAACUCUUCCUGUUGCUUCCACUGCCUCCACCUCCAUAGUCGUGGUGACCACAGCUGCAUCUUCUUCCAUGGUGACCACACCAACUUCAUCUCAGAGCUCUGUUCCCAUUAUACUCUCGGGAAUUGAUGGGAGUCCACCAGUGAGCCAGAGACCAGAAAAUGCCCCUCAGAUUCCAGUGGCUCCUCCACAGGUCUCUCCUAACACAGUGAAACGUGCUGGACCUCGAUUGUUGUUGAUUCCAGUGCAGCAGGGUUCUCCUACUCUUAGACCUGUCCCAAACACACAACUUCAGGGACAUCGGAUGGUCUUGCAGCCUGUUAGGAGUCCAAGUGGAAUGAACUUAUUCAGGCACCCUAAUGGGCAGAUUGUCCAGCUUCUCCCUUUGCAUCAGCUUCGAGGAUCUAAUAACCAGCCCAACUUACAGCCUGUCAUGUUUCGGAACCCAGGGUCUGUGAUGGGAAUCCGUUUACCCACUCCUUCCAAACCUUCAGAGACUCCACCUUCUUCGGCUUCACCCUCUGCUUUCUCCGUUGUGAAUCCUGUAAUUCAGGCUGUUGGAUCUUCUCCAGCAAUGAAUGUUAUCACUCAGGCACCAUCAUUGCUUUCUUCUGGACAUAAUUUUGUGUCUCAGUCUGGUACAUUGACUCUGAGGAUUUCCCCUCCUGAACCACAAAGUUUCACAAGUAAAACAGCCUCUGAAACCAAACUAACCUAUAGUUCAGGAGGGCAGCCUCUUGGUACAGCCAGUCUUAUUCCUCUCCAGUCUGGUAGUUUUGCCUUGUUGCAGCUCCCAGGACAAAAACCUGUUCCCAGCUCCAUUCUUCAACAUGUUGCUUCACUUCAGAUGAAAAGAGAAUCUCAGAGUGCAGACCAGAAAGAUGAAACAAGCUUUUUAAAAAGAGAGCAAGAAACUAAGAAGGGUCUGCAGUCAGGAGGAGAAGCUGUAGAGCCUGAGACUAAUAUAAUAAAACAAAACCCAGGAGCUGCUGUCUCAGAAGAAACUCUGAAUGAUUCCUUGGAAGAUGGGGGUGAUCAUUUAGAUGAAGAAUCCCUUAUAGAAGAAGGGCCAUCAGCUGUUAAACCUUCUGAGCAUGUCUGUAGCACUGGCUCACACACAGGUGAAGACUAUAAAGAUGUUGAGGAAGAAUAUGGGAUUAGGAACCAUAACAGUUCCAAAGAAAAACUGACUGUUCUAGAAGUUAAGACCAUUUCUGGAAGAGCCAGUAACAUGACAGUCCAAAGUGUGAAUAAUGUGCAACUUAAAAAACCUGGUGAUGUGAAAGUGGAACAGCAGAAAGGCUUAGACAAUCCAGAGGAAAAAUCAAAUGAAUUUCCAAUUAUCUCUAAAGAAGAAAGCAAAGUUGAAUUUUCAGGCAGUAGAGUUGUGGAGCAGCAAUCUAAUCCAAAGCCAGAGGCCAAGGAGAAGGGGUGUGGAGAGUCUCUGGAGAAGGACGGCAUUAGGGAGAGGUGGAGAAAACACCUAAAGGGCCCUUUGGCCCAGAAAUAUGUUAGAACUUCACAAGAAGGCAAGAACGAGACAAAUGAGCAGUUAAUUAAAGAAACAAAAACUUGUAAGGAAAAUUCAGAUGUGUUUCAACAAGAACACAGUACCUCUGAUUUACUUGGAAAAAGUGGAACUACUGAGAAUGCCAGAAUUUUAAAAACUGAAUGUGAUUCUUGGAGUAGGAUUUCUAGUCCUACAACCUUCUCCAUUGUCCCUAGGAGAGCUGCCAAAGGGAGCAGAGGGGACGGACAUUUUCAAGGUCACUUACUGCUCUCAGGAGAACAGAUAAAACCAAAGCAAGAGAAGACGGGUGGGAGAAGCAGUACUGACUUCACUGUUUUGGAGUUGGAAGAGGAUGACGAAGAAGAUGAGAAUGAGAAAACCGAUGAUUCUAUUGAUGAGAUUGUGGAUGUUGUUUCUGACUACCAGAGUGAGGAGGUUGAUGAUGUAGAAAAGAAUAACUGUAUAGAAUACAUUGAGGAUGAUGAAGAACAAGUGGACAUUGAGACUGUAGAAGAGCUCCCCGAGGAAAUUAAUGUUGCCCACAUGAAGAGCACAGCUGUCCAUACAGAGAUUUUGAAACAGCCGUGCCGUAUGCCUGUCUCUGCAGAUGAAAAAGCUACUGAAAGGAGUCGAAAGGCUGCACAAGUUCCUCUAAAGCUAAAACCUGAUUAUUGGAGUGAAAAACUACAGAAAGAAGCAGAAGCUUUUGCGUAUUAUCGCCGGACACACACUGCCAAUGAACGCCGCCGCCGUGGUGAAAUGAGAGAUCUCUUUGAGAAGUUGAAGAUCACAUUGGGGUUACUUCAUUCUUCCAAGGUUUCCAAAAGUCUCAUUCUUACUAGGGCAUUCAGUGAAAUUCAGGGGCUAACAGAUCAGGCAGACAAGUUGAUAGGACAGAAGAAUCUCCUGACUCGCAAACGGAAUAUUUUGAUACGGAAAGUAUCAUCUCUUUCAGGUAAGACAGAAGAAGUGGUCCUGAAGAAGCUAGAGUAUAUUUAUGCAAAACAACAAGCAUUAGAGGCACAAAAGAGGAAAAAGAAGAUGGAAUCAGAUGAGUUUGAUGUGUCUCCCAGAACUAGCAAACAGCAGGAAGGAGCUUCUGCAUCAUCUGUAGAUCUAGGACAGAUGUUUAUAAAUAACAGGAAGGGGAAGCCUUUGAUUCUUUCCAGAAAAAAAGACCAGGCCACAGAAAAUACCUCACCCUCUAAUACUCCACACACCUCUGCCAACAUUGUGAUGACUCCACAAGGGCAAUUGCUCACCUUGAAAGGUCCCCUAUUCUCAGGACCAGUGGUUACUGUUUCUUCUGCUCUCUUAGAAGCAGAUCUGAAACCUCAAGUUGCCAGUAGUGCUGUGGCUCAAUCAGAAAAUGACGACUUAUUUAUGAUGCCAAGAAUUGUUAAUGUGACAUCAUUGGCAACGGAGGGAGGUUUGGUAGAUAUGAGUGGCAGCAAAUACCCCCAUGAAGUUCCUGAUGGCAAGCCACCUGACCACCUGAAAAACACUGUCAGGAGUGAGGAUAACUCCUGUGAAGAUUUGGGUAGAAUCUCUUCCAGAGGCAACCAUAGAGAUGUCAGAAUGGCACUGGGUACAGCACAGGUUUAUCUGUCACAUAAAGAUUCUGGUUUUCCACAAAUAGUUGAUGUUUCCAGUAUGCAAGAAGCACAAGAAUUCUUACCCAAAAAGAUUUCUGGUGAUACCAGAGGGAGUCAGCAUAAAUGGAAAGAGAGUGAAUCAAGACGGGAGAGACUGAAGACAAAGGAGUCUCCAUUUCAUAAAUUAAAGAUGAAAGAUCUCAAAGACUCAAGCAUAGAGAUGGAAUUGAGAAAGGUAGCAUCAGCUAUAGAGGAAGCAGCAUUGGAUCCCAGUGAACUGCUAACUAGUAUGGAAGAUGAGGAUGAUACUGAUGAGACACUGACAUCUCUGCUCAAUGAGAUUGCCUUUCUUAAUCAGCAGUUAAAUGAUGACUCUGUUAGCCUGGCUGAACUGCCUAGCUCUCUGGAUACAGAGUUCCCAGGGGAUGCUCGCCGGGCUUUUAUCAGUAAGCUUCCUCCUGGGAACAGAGCAACUUUUCAGGUUGGCCACUUGGGAACUGCUUUGAAGGAAUUGCCUGAUGUGCAAGGGGAGAGUGACUCUGUCAGCCCCCUCCUCUUGCACUUGGAAGAUGAUGACUUUUCUGAGAAUGAAAAGCAACUUGCAGAACCAGCCUCUGAACCAGAUGUGCUUAAGAUUGUCAUUGACUCUGAGAUAAAGGAGUCCCUCAUUUCCCACAGGAAAGCGGGUGAUGAAGGGAAGAGUACUUCUAGCAUCCCUGCCGAGCCUGAAAGUGUGUCCUCACCCCCAAUCCUACACAUGAAGGGUGGCGUAGAAAACAACAGCACAGAUACCUUGUGGAGGCCGAUGCCAAAGUUGGCACCUCUAGGUUUAAAAGUAGCUAAUACUUCCAGUGAUACAGAUGGUCAGAGUCUCAAGGUGAUGCCUUGUUUGGCACCUGUAGCUGCCAAAGUUGGGUCAGUUGGACACAAAAUGAACUUAACAGGGAAUGAUCAGGAAUGCCGGGAGAGCAAGGUGAUGCCUACAUUGGCACCUGUUGUGGCCAAACUGGGCAACACUGGGGCCUCACCAAGUUCUGCAGGGAAAUGA